ACAGCUGGAAAUUUACGCUCUAGCGCUUAUUUAUUGUAGUGAUUCUAAAUGAAAUUACCUUUCAAAUGUAAAUUGUAGUUCCGUGAUAGUCACUAUGACAUAUAAGCGUUACCGCUUAAGUUUCCAACUGUUUAAUUUAACUUUAAUACUGAUUAUAGAGAUUCAUUUCGGUAGACACUUUUCAAGUAUAAGAGAAUCAUACGUCGAUGGGCAACCAUACUAUCACGCCGUAGUACGUGUUAUAAGUGUUACAAAAUUGAUUAUCAAGAAUUAGUCUAUAGAUUAAGGUUUAAGAUUUCGAUUCUGGUAAAAUAAAAAUUAUUUUUAAAUAUAAAAUAAAUUAAUGAUUUUAUAAAAUUUGUUGUGUAAAAUUCAACAUAGAAUUAUACUCCUUUAUUUAAAGUUUGAAAAGAAAACAACAACAAGUUGGUACUGGCUUAAAUAAAUGGCGAAGACAAGGACAAUCGAUCAUAAGCAGAAUAGUAUAGAUACCAAAUAAUUGUAUGAAAAACACUUACGUGUUAAAUAAAUUAUUUAUAAACAAUUGUAAACUGACGACACACCGGCGCAUCGGACAAAUGGAGAAUAAACCUUACCUGUGCGAUGUAUGUGGAAAGUCGUUCUCUGUGAGUAGCAGAUUGAUGGUACAUCGACGCACGCACACCGUCGAAAGACCAUACGCAUGCAAUGUAUGUGACAAGUAUUUCACUCAAAGUGGACAAUUGACAGUACAUCGACGCACGCACACUAGCGAAAGACCAUACGCAUGCAAUGUAUGUGACAAGUAUUUCAAUCAAAGUAGCCAUUUGACAGUACAUCGACGCACGCACACUGGCGAAAAACCAUACGCAUGUGAUGUAUGUGACAAGUAUUUCACUCAAAGUGGCCAAUUGACGGUACAUCGACGCACGCACACCGGUGAAAAACCAUACGCAUGUGAUGUAUGUGACAAGUCGUUCAGUGAAGGUAGCAAAUUGAUGGUACAUCGACGCACGCACACCGGCGAAAAACCAUACGCAUGCGAUGUAUGUGAAAAGUCGUUCUCUGUGAGACACAAUUUGACAUAUCAUCGACGCACGCACACUGGCGAAAAACCAUACGCAUGCGAUGUAUGUGACAAGUCGUUCUCUGUGAGACACAAUUUGACAUAUCAUCGACGCACGCACACCGGAGAAAAACCAUACGCAUGCGAUGUAUGUGACAAGUCAUUCUCUGUGAGAUGCAAUUUGACAUCUCAUCGACGCACGCACACCGGCGAAAAACCAUACGCAUGCAAUUUAUGUGACAAGUAUUUCACUCAAAGUGGUCAAUUGAAGGUACAUCGACGCACGCACACUGGUGAAAAACCAUACGCAUGUGAUGUAUGUGACAAGUAUUUCACUCAAAGUGGCCAAUUGACGGUACAUCGACGCACGCACACCGGUGAAAAACCAUACGCAUGUGAUGUAUGUGACAAGUCGUUCAGUGAAGGUAGCAAAUUGAUGGUACAUCGACGCACGCACACUGGCGAAAAACCAUACGCAUGCGAUGUAUGCGACAAGUCGUUGUAUGUGAGUAGCAAUUUGACAUAUCAUCGACGCACGCACACCGGCGAAAAACCAUACGCAUGUGAUGUAUGCGACAAGUCGUUGUAUGUGAGUAGCAAUUUGACAUAUCAUCGACGCACGCACACCGGCGAAAAACCAUACGCAUGUGAUGUAUGUGACAAGUCGUUCAGUGAAGGUAGCAAAUUGAUGGUACAUCGACGCACGCACACUGGCGAAAAACCAUACGCAUGUGAUGUAUGUGACAAGUAUUUCACUCAAAGUGGCCAAUUGACGGUACAUCGACGCACGCACACCGGUGAAAAACCAUACGCAUGUGAUGUAUGUGACAAGUCGUUCAGUGAAGGUAGCAAAUUGAUGGUACAUCGACGCACGCACACUGGCGAAAAACCAUACGCAUGCGAUGUAUGUGACAAGUCGUUGUAUGUGAGUAGCAAUUUGACAUAUCAUCGACGCACGCACACCGGCGAAAAACCAUAUGCAUGUGAUGUAUGUGACAAGUCGUUCAGCGAAGGUAGCAAAUUGAUGGUACAUCGACGCACGCACACCGGCGAAAAACCAUACGCAUGCGAUGUAUGCGACAAGUAUUUCACUCAAAGUGGCCAAUUGACAGUACAUCGACGCACGCACACCGGUGAAAAACCAUACGCAUGUGAUGUAUGUGACAAGUCGUUCAGUGAAGGUAGCAAAUUGAUGGUACAUCGACGCACGCACACUGGCGAAAAACCAUACGCAUGCGAUGUAUGCGACAAGUAUUUCACUCAAAGUGGCCAAUUGACAGUACAUCGACGCACGCACACCGGUGAAAAACCAUACGCAUGUGAUGUAUGUGACAAGUCGUUCAGUGAAGGUAGCAAAUUGAUGGUACAUCGACGCACGCACACCGGCGAAAAACCAUACGCAUGCGAUGUAUGUGAAAAGUCGUUCUCUGUGAGACACAAUUUAACAUAUCAUCGACGCACGCACACUGGCGAAAAACCAUACGCAUGCGAUGUAUGUGACAAGUCGUUCUCUGUGAGACACAAUUUGACAUAUCAUCGACGCACGCACACCGGAGAAAAACCAUACGCAUGCGAUGUAUGUGACAAGUCGUUCUCUGUGAGAUGCAAUUUGACAUCUCAUCGACGCACGCACACCGGCGAAAAACCAUACGCAUGCAAUGUAUGUGACAAGUAUUUCACUCAAAGUGGCCAAUUGAAGGUACAUCGACGCACGCACACUGGUGAAAAACCAUACGCAUGUGAUGUAUGUGACAAGUAUUUCACUCAAAGUGGCCAAUUGACGGUACAUCGACGCACGCACAUCGGUGAAAAACCAUACGCAUGUGAUGUAUGUGACAAGUCGUUCAGUGAAGGUAGCAAAUUGAUGGUACAUCGACGCACGCACACUGGCGAAAAACCAUACGCAUGUGAUGUAUGCGACAAGUCGUUGUAUGUGAGUAGCAAUUUGACAUAUCAUCGACGCACGCACACCGGCGAAAAACCAUACGCAUGUGAUGUAUGUGACAAGUCGUUCAGCGAAGGUAGCAAAUUGAUGGUACAUCGACGCACGCACACCGGCGAAAAACCAUACGCAUGCGAUGUAUGCGACAAGUCGUUGUAUGUGAGUAGCAAUUUGACAUAUCAUCGACGCACGCACACCGGCGAAAAACCAUACGCAUGUGAUGUAUGUGACAAGUCGUUCAGUGAAGGUAGCAAAUUGAUGGUACAUCGACGCACGCACACUGGCGAAAAACCAUACGCAUGUGAUGUAUGUGACAAGUAUUUCACUCAAAGUAGCCAUUUGACAGUACAUCGACGCACGCACACUGGCGAAAAACCAUACGCAUGUGAUGUAUGUGACAAGUAUUUCACUCAAAGUGGCCAAUUGACGGUACAUCGACGCACGCACAACGGUGAAAAACCAUACGCAUGUAAUGUAUGUGACAAGUCGUUCAGUGAAGGUAGCAAAUUGAUGGUACAUCGACGCACGCACACUGGUGAAAAACCAUACGCAUGCGAUGUAUGUGACAAGUCGUUGUAUGUGAGUAGCAAUUUGACAUAUCAUCGACGCACGCACACCGGCGAAAAACCAUAUGCAUGUGAUGUAUGUGACAAGUCGUUCAGCGAAGGUAGCAAAUUGAUGGUACAUCGACGCACGCACACCGGCGAAAAACCAUACGCAUGCGAUGUAUGCGGCAAGUAUUUCACUCAAAGUGGCCAAUUGACAGUACAUCGACGCACGCACACCGGCGAAAAACCAUACGCAUGCGAUGUAUGCGACAAGUCGUUGUAUGUGAGUAGCAAUUUGAAAUAUCAUCGACGCACGCACACUGGUGAAAAACCAUACGCAUGUGAUGUAUGCGACAAGUAUUUCACUCAAAGUGGCCAUUUGACGGUGUAUCGACGCACGCACACUGGCGAAAAACCAUACACGUGUAGUGUAUGCGACAAGUCGUUCAGUGAAGGUAGCAAAUUGAUGGUACAUCGACGCAUGCACACCGGCGAAAAACCAUACGCAUGCGAUGUAUGUGACAAGUCGAUUGAUCAAAGAUUAAUUCAUUAUCCAAGUGUCAUAAUAUUAAAAGACGAUUAAUCAUGUUAAUAUAAUAUUAUUAAAGAACUGAUUAAGUAUUAAUUCUGUAAUGUAGUUGUUUCUUAAUACUAAAUUGCUAAUUGGUCAUAUGCAUAAAUAAAUAUUAUAUUUCGUAUGGAUUAAAUAUUAAAAAAAUUAAUGAGGUAAAAAAUAUUGUCAAAUUAAAAAUAUUUGGUAGUCCGUCACAACGGGGGAUGCACUUAAUAUGAAAGAGUCAAUACUUAUCGAAUUAUUGUUUCAACAAUUAUCAUUUGAUGUUUUAAUUAAAUCAUUAAUCGCCGAGAAUAUUGAUUUAAAAAAUUUACACGUUUACAAAUUAUUCUAGCUAAUGGCCAUAGCUUCCGGGUUUAAGUUCAAAAAAAAAAAAAUAUUCAAACCAUUUAACAACAAACAUUAAUUCAAUAACAAAUAAUAAUUACUUGAAAACAAUAACAAUAUCAUUUAUUCCUUAUUAGACAUAAAUUAUGACACUUAUAAUACACUUAGUAUCGGUAUAUUAUAGGUAUCGGUUCUAUUAUAAUAGAACCAUACAUUGAUAUAAAUUAAACUAGAUGACUGAUAAACUAAAUAUUGAAUCUUUUUUCAUACAUGGACUAUUCUUAAAAUUUUCCGGUAAGCCAAAAAUGGAUUUUAAUAGACAUUAUAAAAUAAUAGGAAAUAUAUUAUGAAAUAAUGUAUGUUACCAGAAAUGUUGACAAUUUAGGAAAUGACGACAAUUCCUAAUAAGGCAUUGACGAUAACAUUAAAAAUUAAGUUGAAAUUCGAAUUUUAAAAGCUAUUUAAAUACAAUAUACUAUUUAAAAUACUUUUUUUUAUAAUAAUUCGAUCAUUUAUUUAAAUUUUGUCCAUGUCUUUCAUUUUGUCCAAGAUUGGGUACCUCGUACCUACUCGAAAGCGUUGAACGAGAUGAAAAAGAAUCAUGAUCUCAAUAUUGGUAUAAUAUAUAUAUAUCUAUUAUGUAGGUUCCUAUAAUCUAUACCUAGUUGUUACUUAAAAGUUAUUAUAAUCUGCACAAAAUAGAAAGUCGUAACCACAGCUAGCGCGUAUGCAGAUUUUGGAAAAUACGUGUCAAAUCAAUAGAAAUCUCACUUAAAUAGCUUCGAUAAUAUAACAUUUUUGGA